CAGAACUGCUAAAAAACUACAAAAAUGAAAACAAAUUCAAUUUUGAUCAAAAAUAACCAGUGGGUGUUAUUAUUACUGAGCUAUUAUAUUCAGAGGGUCAACAUGUAUUCUUUAAUUCAACAGUUUUCUUCAUAAAAGAUGAGUUUAGGCUUCAUUAUCAAGGUGGUACAAUUGUUUUAUGUGAUUUCCAAGUUAAGUGAAUCUCUGUGUUUGCCCGUAUUUAUUUGUUUUAUUCUUGUUAUUCUCCCACUUAUGAGUAGGUAGGUCAUUUUAAGAGAUAAAUAUGAUUAAUUGCAACUUGUUACGUUUUUAAACCUUAAACUGCCCCCUGCUGAGCUGGGAGCCGCUGGUUUACAAUCAUACAUCAAACAAUCAAAAUUAUUAAUAAUAAUAAUAAUAAAUGUUCCCAUAUUAAUUUAAAUAGAGAACCAUGUCCAGCCUCAUUAAUUUAGUUAAUUAAUGCGCAUGACUGAUACCUCUCUGCAGCCGGUUGCCAUGACAAUCUGGAUGAAUGCGGGAGCCCCUCACGCAAUCGUGUGUUUGCCUGAGCUUUAGGGGGCUGACCUUCCCAUGUAAUUACUGCGUGUUUACCUAAGCAGACCUGACCUAUCUAGACAGACACAUGUGGCAUGGUUGGGUUUUUUUUUUCCAAACUGGUUCUAAAGCUGAAGAAAGAAAGCAUUUUUGAUUAAUUUAUUUAGAUUAAUUGACCUAUUCUGGUAAGUUAAUUGUUGCUAAAUAUGCCUAUAAAAACAUUAGAUAGAAAUCGUUUAUAAGACCAUAACUCUCACAACUAUCCCCCAGAGCGUGAAACUGCAGGUCAGCAUUAUAUUAGCAAGAAAGUCUUAAUGAAUUGUUCGACACUUAAUGUGUGUGGUUUGAUGUUGUGUGUCAGGAAACAAAAUAUUUCUGCUAGAUUCCAGAAAGAUGAUCUAUUCCGACGAAGCCAACUUUUGAAUUCGGCCCAGGGAAAUGGCCCCUUUAAUUACACCGAGACAAACAGAGCGGGGGCAAAGUUCGAGUGAACUCAUGAUAAAAACGGACGAGGUGAAUAGCCGGAGCUCAGACAGCAGCCUGACUUAUUACUAAAGGACACGGCGGCAGGAAGAUGCGGAAACACAUACGGAGAUAAAUAAUUACAAUCCUAAUUCCGUCAUAUCGCUCGUAACAAUUGGCGCAACUCGUUAGCUGAAUAAUGAGUUUGUGAGGCGUUACAAAUGAUACUUGCAAGCAACCUCUGCACAGAAUGACAAGAUGUCUGUUAGGCAAAAGUUUAGGGAGAUGGAGGACUGGAUGGUAUGUCUCAGCACUGAAGAAUCUUUCAUCAGUUCACGCUCUGAAGCCGCUCAUUCCCACCUUCUGCUUUGUGGUGGUGAUCGUAUACGGCCAGGCCGACAAACUCAGGAACUUUGUCGCUGGCAUCUUCAUCCCGCAGUACCAUUACCCGUUCCCUGUUGCUCUCUGCUUCACCCAGGUUCUGGUUUCUCUUGUCUUCAUAAAUCUCCUCCAUGCCUUGGGAUUGGUGCAUCUCAGACCGUACUCCAGAUCGCUGGGAGAGAGGCUGCUGCUGCCCGCCAUCUGUAACAGCUUUCACUCCGUGCUCAUGAAUUGGGCCAAAGCAAGCAGCCCGUACGCAAACCUCUUCCUCUUCACUGUUCCUCUGCUGCCUCUGCUGACCCUUGGAUUCAGUUUUGCGCUGAAGGUGGCGUCUCUGCCAUCGCACCACUUGUCAGUGUUGAUUUCUAUCCUGAGUGGGAUGUUUGUUGUCAUCACAGCAUCCAUUGGGAUCCCUGGUGUUGAGUCUCUUGAGUACCUCUACGCGCCUCUCGCUUUGAUUCUCCACAGCCUUUCGCUGAUCAGCUUCGCUAAAGUGUCCGAGUCUGUGCGCCAGCAGCCAUCUGACGUCCAACCCUCUGUUUUUGACAUCUACUACGUUCAACUGGUCAACCAGAGUGGAGUCCUGGGCCUCCUGUGGCUUCUGCACCCAGACAAACCCUGGCUGGUGUUGAAAAUGAGCAGCUGGCGCAAUCUGCUCUUCCACGGAUACCUGCUCGCCAUCGUCCUGCUGGGAAUGGUGCUCAACUUCCUGGUCUGCGCUUCUGCUCUCUGCGUCUCCCCACUCGCAGCUGCGUUGCUAUAUUCGGCGAGGUACAUGGUGCAGCCGUUUUUUCAUCUUCUGUAGUCCCUCUGUAUGGCACAGAAUCCUUGUCUGUCUAUAAGCUAUCACCAUCAUCAAAGGUUGAAGUAGCACUUCCGAAAACAAAAACAAAAAAAUCACACGAAAAACGUGAAAAGAUUUCCGUCAGGUCAAACGUUUAACAUUAAUCCGGUUAGAACUGUGACUUUUAGAACUAAAAGUCUGUCACAGCCAGAAGAAAUCUGCCACUAAACUUUCAAACUGGAAAAAAUAAAAUAAAUAACAACACGGCGCACAGACCAAAAUUUUGAAGGUUUGAUGUCCAUUUGAUGAGGGUUAAAAGUAAGAGACAUGUAUCCUGUUAUGACCACGUUGUUUGUUCCUGUGUGAAAUUAGACAAACCUGGCAUGUUAAAUGUCUUUUUUUUUAAAUUUGAUCUAAACUAACUCCUCUAAUGUUUAUUUUAAAUUUCUGUGUCAUAAUCAGAUUAGUUUUGCUGGUUGAAGCUAGUGAAAAUGUGUUCACAUAUUGCGUGUUUCUGCAAGAACCUGAAGAAAACAGGAAGUAAACUACUACCUAUACAGAUUAUGGUAAACCUUUGGUACAAAGCAACAAACCUUCUUUUUUGUGCAAAGCUGGAUAUGGAUUUUUCUUAAUUAGAGCAAAUUCUUUUAAUAUUAUCAUUUUCUUGUGCAUCUUUUAACAUAUUAGAGCAGUAUUUGCGGGAUUCAAGUCCCACGUUUCUCCUCCACUGAACAAGAUCUAACCGGAUCUCUGUGGAGGUUUUCUGUGAAUGAUUCUGAGAAGCCUUUUUUCAGAGGAAACAGGAUAAAGAUGAUCAGGGUUGUUUUUUUUUGUUGUUUUUUUUUUUACAUUUUUACAUGACACAUAAAAACACAUUUUUAAUCAGUGUUAAAAAAAAACAUAUUUAACCUCAGACCUUUGGCUGAAUGAAUUUUAAACCAGACGUUGGUUUAUGUUGUCCCUGAAUGAUUCUGAGAGCUCGGAUGAAAGGACACGGCACCGACAGGCUGUUAUGAUGCCUCUUGUUGAAGUCUGAUGUAAUUUAAGACAUUAUAUUUUUAUUAAUUUAACUUUAAAUAUGUAUUUUUAUAUAAUUUUGUCAAUAUGCAAGCUCUUUCUUUUUGAAGUAGCUAGUUCUGUUCUGUAAAAAUGUGCUGUGCAUGUUUAAUAAAACUGAAAGAAGUGAA